AUGGCGGACGGCGACAGCGGCAGCGAGCGCGGCGGUGGCGGGCCCGGCGGCUUCCAGCCCGCGUCCCGCGGCGGCGGCGGCGAGCAGGAGACGCAGGAGCUGGCCUCGAAGCGGCUGGACAUCCAGAACAAACGCUUCUACCUAGAUGUGAAGCAGAACGCCAAGGGCCGUUUCCUCAAGAUCGCCGAGGUGGGCGCGGGCGGCUCAAAGAGCCGCCUCACGCUGUCCAUGGCGGUGGCCGCCGAGUUCCGCGACUACCUGGGCGACUUCAUCGAGCAUUACGCGCAGCUGGGCCCCAGCAGUCCGGAGCAAGUGGCGGCGGCGGCGGGCGCCGAGGAGGGCGGUGGGCCGCGGCGCGCGCUCAAGAGCGAGUUCCUGGUGCGCGAGAACCGCAAGUACUACCUGGACCUCAAGGAGAACCAGCGCGGCCGCUUCCUGCGCAUCCGCCAGACGGUCAACCGCGGCGGCGGUGGCCCCGGGCCCGGCGGCCUACAAAGCGGCCAGACCAUCGCGCUCCCCGCGCAGGGCCUCAUAGAGUUCCGCGACGCGUUGGCCAAGCUCAUCGACGACUACGGCGGCGAAGACGACGAGCUGGCUGGGGGCCAGGGCGGCGGCGCCGGAGGCCCUGGGGGCGGCCUGUACGGGGAGCUCCCGGAAGGCACUUCCAUCACGGUGGACUCCAAGCGUUUCUUCUUCGACGUGGGCUGUAACAAGUACGGAGUGUUCCUGCGCGUAAGCGAGGUGAAGCCGUCCUACCGCAACGCCAUCACGGUCCCUUUCAAGGCCUGGGGCAAGUUCGGGGGCGCGUUUUGCCGGUAUGCGGAUGAGAUGAAAGAGAUCCAGGAGCGGCAGAGGGAUAAGCUUUAUGAGCGACGCGGCGGGGACGAGUCUGAGGGAGAGGAGGUGGAUGAGGAUUGA